GGCAACACUGAGUCGGCUAAUUCAGCUUGCUAUCAGCAGUCGAGUCUUCUAGUCGUUGAACUUUUUCAUCAGCUAUACAUCUUUAAAAUGAUGCAUCCAAAUAAAAGUCAAAAUACAUCUGAGCAGGUGACUAGUGUUUUAAAUGAAGCGGUUGUGGUUAUUGAUGAAAAUAAAAAACUUGAACUUUUAAACAAAGCAAAAGAAAUAAUAGUUUACCAAGAACCAAAAUUAUUACCACAAUUUAUUGAUGAUGUCAUUGCAUUUCAAAAUGAUCAUAGUUCAUUAGUCCGAAAAUUUGUUGUGGGAUUCAUUGAAGAGUGCUGUAAAAAAGAAAAAUCUAAUGUAUGUGUUACAUUACCAAACUUACUUAUACUUCUGGAGGAUCGCUCUCAUAUUGUCCAAAAAAGAGUAAUUCAAGCAGCUAGUGUUGUGUAUAGAGCUGGCUUACAAUGGAUAUCUCUAACUGAUUUACCAAGUUCUGAUUUGUCUAAUGUUUGGCAAGAUCUCUCUAAUUUAAAGUCUCAUUCUAUUAAUAUGGUCGAUAAUGAUAAUGAAGGUAUUCGUACUCAAGUAAUCAAAUUUAUGGAAACAGUAAUACUAGUUCAAACAUAUAAAGGUGAAGGUGGUGUUGACUGUGAAGACGACAUGUCGUUAGAAGACAUACCUUUAACUUUAAAAAUUACAAGGCGACGAAGACUUGAAGAUGAAGCAAAGGUAGUAUUUGAUUUAUUGUCUCGAUUUGUCCAUUCUGGUAAUGUUGGUUGCGCUAAUUUAAUUACUUGUAUGAGAUCACUGAUACUGAUAGCUAAAUUCCGUGUUUCAUUUAUUGAAAAAGUUUUAGUUGCACUAGAGAAUUUAACCAAAAACAUGCCUAGCUCAUUGACAACCAGUCAAAUAAAUUGUGUGAAUAAGAAUCUUAAACUCCAACUUUUGAGUUUUCUUCGUCUGCCAGCUUCAACUGAUCAUCACCAAACAAUUGGAAAAAUUUUACUGGAUAUAGGCUCGACUAAUCAAGAAAUAUUAAAGGCUUUUCAAGUAGUAUCAAAGAAUGAUGACAGUAAACGUUUACUUCGUUCACUAAAAAGAAAAAAUGAUGAAAAGGAUAGCUAUAAUUUUGAUAAGGAUGAUAUUCCAGAAAAAAAAAGAUGCAUUGAGAGUAUAGCAUUUGAUCCAGAAUUAGUUAAAAUGUGGCUUCUUGAAAGGUUUUCAGUUGACACCGUUUCAAAACUAGUAAUGAAUUUCAUGCCAAAAUUACCAUCAAAAAUGCCUUUAUAUUUCCAAUCAAAUUAUACACCAAUAACGGCUGCUGGUACAGAUAGUCAAAUUAAGAAUUUAGCAGAUCUUUUAUCUAAUCAGAUUUGUACUUCAAAUAUUUCUUUACCCGAAUUAAAUGAAUGCAAAUCUGAAAAAAUUGAAACAAUAGAAAUGAUUAAAGAGGAACUUUUAAAGAAAAAUGAUGAUGAAGACAAUUUGUUUUUAUCAAUGCCUGCUGAAUUAAAUGUAAAAUGUUGUCGAAUUGACCCAUCUGAAGCAGAAGAAUUAUCACAUGACGCAUUAUUAAGAAUAUUGGAUACUGGCAAACUUAUUAUGUCAAAACCAUUUAAAGAUAUACAUAAUAAAGUUAUUACUCGUAUGGCUGUCAUGUGUAAUGAUAAAUUUCUAAAUACUAUACUAGAUUACAUAGAAUUAAAUAUGACAUAUAAUUUAGAUUUAUGUUUGUCUUGGUUAUAUGAGGAAUAUAGUAUGAAUCAAGGAUUUACUAAGCUGCCGACAGCUUUCAGAAAUUCCCUCUCAUCAGAACAAAACUAUAAUACAAUUUUAUGUUCAUUAAUAAGAGCAGCCUUGAAUAUUGAUGACCUCAAAGAUAAAGAAUUUGUCAUGACCGCUCUCUACUUAGAAAGCCCAUUUAUAACUGAUGAUGCUGUUGAUAUUUUAAAGGAUAUUUGCUGUAAACAUACUUUUGGCCUUUACAUACUUAAUGAACUUGUUACUAAAAGACCACCUAGACAAUUAGUUUACUUAAAUGCUCUUCUCUUUUACACAUCUCAUAAUGAAACUGAAUUACGUGAGAUGGCAUUAAAUUAUACAAGUAAACUGUAUACGAACAAUGAAUUAAAAAAUAUCAUUGAAGAAUAUGCUACCUUUUAUUUGGGUUUUUUGAGAUUACCACUUCCACCAGAUGUACUCUUUGGCCAAGAAAGUGGACGGCUAAUUAAAUCAGAAGUUUGGGAUGAUGAUUCAACAACUGCUUGCUUAUAUUUAUAUUUCAUGCUAAUGGCUAAUAAUUAUGAGUUGAUUCAUGAGUUAGCAUCAGUAUUUGUUCACGCAAAAAGUGAAGUGAAACGUGUUAUUAUCAAACUGUUACCUCAACCUAUUCAAAAAAUGCCAAUGAAUUCACCGGAAAUGUUAAGAUUGCUUGAAGAUAUUCCAAAAGGAGCUGAAACUAUGGUAACCCGAGUAUUACAUAUUGUUACAGAAAAAGAAAUUCCAUCGAUUGAAUUAGUUUCAAUGGUGAAAAAGUUAUUUGAUAAUCAGUUAGUGGAAGUGAGAUUUUUAGUUCCUGUUAUGUCUGGCUUGGAUAAAAAAUAUAUUUUAAAUGUUUUACCACAAUUAGUGAAGCUUAAUCCUAAUGUAGUAAAAGAGGUAUUUAAUAGAAUAUUAGGAAUAAACUCUACAAUAGCUAAUGCUAAUCCUUCACUAAGUCCUGCAGAAUUAUUAAUUGCUUUACACACUAUGGAAACAGAUCCUAAUGAUCUUAAAUUCAUUAUUAAAGCAACAUCUCUGUGUUUUGCUGAAAAAUCAGUAUUUACUCAAGAGGUUUUGGCAAUUGUCAUGCAAAAUCUUAUGGAUAUAAACCCAUUACCUACAUUAUUAAUGCGAACAGUUAUACAGUCACUUACGACAUAUCCACGCUUAAUUGGUUUUAUAAUGAAUAUACUACAAAGACUUAUAAUCAAAAAAGUAUGGCGACAAAAAACACAAUGGGAAGGAUUUAUUAAAUGUUGUCAAAAAACAAAACCAAAUAGUUUCCAAGUUUUACUACAACUACCACCUGAACAACUAGAAGAUGUUUUAAACCAGUGUCAUGAAAUGAGAAGACCAUUAUUAGAUCAUGUUCUUAGUUUUACUGAAGUUCAACGUUCUCAUAUUCGUCAAGCAAUUAUGGAUGUUAUAUUUGGUAAAGAGUUAGAAGUACCCCUUUAUAGAGAAUUAAAAGUUAAACCUGAACCAACUGAAAAUAUUAUAAGCACAACUCAAGCUACUAGUAUAAUUGAUACAGUGAAUACACAACUAAAAUCACCAGAUGUGAUAUCUAAUCUUAGAGAAGAUGAACUUAGGCCUCCUGGUGAAGGUGAUGAUGACUCAAUGCAAGAAAAUAAUGACACUUAUUAUUCUGUACAUUAAAAUUCCAAUUAAUACAAUUUUUAACUUUCAAAAAACUGUAAUUUUGUUUAAAAAAAUAUAUGUGUAUUAUUAUAUAUAA